AUGGAGACGCCUCAGGAAGUCGUCUUAAGAAUCUUACAAGCCUUGGGAGCUGAGCACUUUGAAACGUUUAAUUGGCACCUGCAGCAGGAAGGAGCCCUCAACAACUUCCCAGCAAUCCCAAGGAGUAAACUGGAGAAAGAAACCCGGCUUAACACCGUGGAUAUGAUGCUCCAGACCUACAGUAAACACAUUACUGAUGUGACCAGAAUAGUUUUAGUGAAGAUGAAUCGAUAUGAUCUGGUGAAGAAGUUACCGCGUCAUGGAGAAGUCAACACCCCAGAAGGUGAAGUUUUAUUCAUUCAGAGAUUCGUGCUGAGUGUCAGCGAGAACUCAAAAUCUAAGCUAGACAGGAAGUUCCAGCGUGUCUUUGAGGGGAUUGCUAAAGAAGGAGACCAAACUGUUCUGGAUCAGAUGUUUACAGAGAUCUACCUCCUGAAGGGAGGGGCUGCAGAGGUCAAUGAUCAACAUGAGGUCAGACAGAUUGAAACAGCAUCCUGGAAACCAGACAGACCAGAAACAACAAUCAGACAAGAAGACAUCUUUAAAACCCCACCUGGAAGAGAUAAACCAAUCAGAGCAGUGAUGACAAAGGGAGUGGCUGGCAUCGGGAAAACAGUCUUAACACAGAAGUUCACUCUGGACUGGGCUGAAGGCAAAGCCAACCAGGACAUCCAGUUCUUAUUCCCAUUCACCUUCAGAGAGCUGAAUGUGCUGAAAGAGAGAAAGUUCAGCUUGGUGGAACUUGUUGAUUACUUCUUUAGUGAAACCAAAGAAGCAGGACUCAGCAGGUUUGAAGAGGUCCCGGUGGUCUUCAUCUUUGACGGUCUGGAUGAGUGUCGACCUCCUCUGGACAUCCACAACACUGAGAUCCUGACUGAUGUUACAGAGUCCACCGCAGUGGGUGUGAUGCUGACAAACCUCAUCAGGGGGAAUCUGCUUCCCUCUGCUCGCCUCUGGAUAACCACACGACCUGCAGCAGCCAAUCAGAUCCCUCUUGGGUGUGUUGACAUGGUGACAGAGGUCAGAGGGUUCACUGACGCCCAGAAGGAGGAGUACUUCAGGAAGAGAUUCAGAGAUGAGGAGCAGGCCAGCAGGAUCAUCUCCCACAUCAAGAGAUCCCGAAGCCUCCACAUCAUGUGCCACAUCCCAGUCUUCUGCUGGAUCACUGCUACAGUUCUGGAGAAGGUGUUGGAGACCAGAGAGGGAGGAGAACUGCCCAAGACCCUGACUGAGAUGUACAUCCACUUCCUGGUGGUUCAGUCCAAACAGAAGAAUGUCAAGUAUGAUGGAAGAACUGAGACGGAUCAAACCUGGAGUCCAGAGACCAGAAAGAUGAUUGAGUCUCUGGGAAAACUGGCUUUUGAGCAGCUGCAGAAAGGCAACCUGAUCUUCUAUGAAUCAGACCUGACAGAGUGUGGCAUCGAUAUCAACGCAGCCUCAGUGGUCUCAGGAGUGUUCACACAGAUCUUUAAAGAGGAGAGUGGACUGUACCAGGACAAGGUGUUCUGCUUCGUCCAUCUGAGUGUUCAGGAGUUCCUUGCUGCGCUUCAUGUCCAUCUGACCUUCACGGACUCUGGAGUCAACCUGCUGGCUGAAGAACAAACAACAUCCAAGCUGCCUAAAUUCUUCAGAGUCAGACUAAAACAAACAUCAUCAGCACGUUUCUACCAGAGAGCUGUGGACAAGGCCUUACAGAGCCUAAAUGGACACCUGGACUUGUUCCUACGCUUCCUCCUGGGUCUUUCUCUGCAGACCAAUCAGAGUCUCCUACGAGGUCUGCUGACACAGACAGGAAGUAGCUCAGAGACCAAUCAGGAACAGUGAAGUAAG